CGUGACAGGCCGGACCCGGAAGUGAAGGCGGAGAGCGCUGGUCAGGCGGCGGCUGGGCCAGGUUCUCGGAGUCCUCUAUGUGACGUCAGAGCGGGUGACGUGUCUGAGAAGCAGGAAGCGAUUGUAGCCGGAGCCUUCGCCGUCUUGUGCUCUGCAGCCUAGAACUGUGAUGGCGAGCUGUGCCCUGCUUGUUCUCCUGCUGGCGGCCGCCCUCAGGCCCGGUGCUGCUUUCUACCUGCCCGGUCUGGCUCCUGUCAGCUUCUGUGAGGAAGGGAAGGAGUUUGCCGAGUGUAAGUCAGAAAUUGAGCUCUUUGUGAACAGACUUGACUCCGUAGAAUCUGUGCUACCUUAUGAAUAUGCUGCGUUUGAUUUUUGUCAAGUAGAGAAAGAAAAAAGGCCAUCUGAAAAUCUGGGCCAGGUGUUGUUUGGUGAAAGAAUUGAACCAUCUCCGUACAAGUUUAAAUUUAAGAAAGAAACAAAAUGUGAGGAAGUGUGUUCCAAAACAUACAGCACUACAGAUGCCCAUAGCAAGCAAAGGUUGGAGUUCUUAAAGAAGGGCAUGCUCUUGAACUAUCAGCACCACUGGAUUGUUGACAACAUGCCAGUAACAUGGUGUUAUGAAGUAGAAGAGAAAAAGAAAUUUUGCAAUCCUGGAUUUCCUAUCGGUUGCUACAUAACAGAGGACGGCCAUCCCAAGGAUGCAUGCGUGAUAAAUUCAGAAUUUCACGAGAAGGAUACAUUCUAUAUCUUCAAUCAUGUGGACAUUACCAUCUAUUACCAUGUUGUAGAGAAUGAAGGGCAAGGGUCAAGAUUAGUAGCUGCUAAACUAGAACCCAGAAGCUUCAAGCAUACACACGCUGACAAACCUGAUUGUUCGGGCCCUCCAAUGGAAAUAAAGAACACAUUUACCGGAGAAAUCAAAAUCCGAUACACAUAUUCCGUUUCGUUUCAGGAACAAAAAGACAUCCGAUGGGCCUCCAGGUGGGAUUACAUCUUAGAAUCUAUGCCGCAUACACACAUCCAGUGGUUUAGCAUAAUGAAUUCGUUAGUGAUUGUUCUAUUUUUGUCUGGCAUGGUUGCCAUGAUUAUGCUGCGAACACUACACAAAGAUAUUGCAAGAUACAACCAGAUUGAUUCUACAGAAGAUGCUCAGGAGGAGUUUGGUUGGAAGUUGGUGCACGGUGAUAUUUUCAGGCCUCCCAGAAAGGGCAUGCUGCUAUCUGUUUUCCUUGGCUCUGGGACUCAGAUCUUAAUAAUGACAUUCAUCACUUUAUUUUUUGCGUGCCUGGGAUUUUUGUCUCCAGCUAACAGAGGUGCAUUGAUGACAUGUGCUGUUGUCCUAUGGGUGUUGCUUGGUACUCCGGCCGGUUAUGUAGCUUCCCGAUUCUAUAAAUCAUUUGGUGGUGAAAAAUGGAAAACAAACGUCUUGCUGACCUCCUUUCUCUGUCCUGGGAUUGUAUUUGCGGAUUUCUUCCUGAUGAACUUAAUUCUCUGGGGAGAAGGAUCUUCUGCAGCAAUUCCGUUUGGCACCCUUGUAGCCAUCCUGGCAUUGUGGUUUUGCAUUUCUGUUCCUCUUACUUUCAUUGGGGCUUAUUUCGGAUUUAAAAAGAAUGCCAUUGAACACCCGGUCCGCACCAAUCAGAUCCCUCGUCAGAUUCCUGAGCAGUCAUUUUACACAAAGCCAUUACCUGGUAUCAUUAUGGGAGGAAUUUUGCCCUUUGGGUGCAUCUUCAUACAACUUUUCUUCAUUCUUAAUAGUAUUUGGUCCCAUCAGAUGUAUUACAUGUUCGGGUUCCUGUUUCUUGUAUUUAUUAUUUUGGUUAUUACAUGCUCCGAAGCAACUAUAUUACUCUGCUAUUUUCAUCUGUGCGCAGAGGACUACCAUUGGCAGUGGCGAUCAUUCCUCACAAGUGGCUUUACAGCAGUUUAUUUUCUCAUAUAUGCAAUUCAUUACUUUUACUCCAAAUUACAAAUUACGGGGACAGCUAGUACCUUCUUGUAUUUUGGCUACACUAUGAUUAUGGUUUUGAUCUUCUUCCUUUUUACUGGAACAAUCGGCUUCUUUGCCUGCUUCUGGUUUGUGACGAAGAUAUACAGCGUUGUUAAAGUGGACUGAAAGCCUUAGUAAAGAAUUUACUGAAAAUGUGAUUUUUAGAGUGAAAUGAAGACUUCUUUACUUUACAGUAUUGUCACCUACUUGUAGGAAGGCAGAAUACAAAAUCCAGUCCAGUGAAGCAUUAUUUUCCAACUGAAUCUUGUUUUUAUUUUACUGAAACUUUACAUUGCAAUGUUCCAACUGAAGAACCAACUUAUGUAUGCUUAUGUAAAUAUUAGUAUGCUGUAACUGAGAAUGACACUACUAGGAGCUGUAUGUAAUACACAAAUACAUAAUAAAAUAUGUCUGUAAAUACCAUUAUGCUUUUAGACUCCAGGUGAGAUGAGAUUUUCUUGAAAACAAACAGUGACAAGAAAAUGUGAGAUUUGUUUUCUAUAAUGUAUUCCUUUUAAUUCUGGUUGAAUAUUAUUUUUUAUACUGGGUGAAUUGUCCUUACAUUGGUUUCUUUCGAUGUUUAUUUUCCCUUUAGUGAUUUGAAGACUUAUAAACUAUGUGCCUCCAAGUCUAUGGAUUUUUAAAUUUAUAAUCUUAAUAAACUUCAAAAACGGAA